UGAAAUCCAGCAAUUGUGAGUUUGGUUGGCCAGUAGUAGAAUCCGCAGAUCCCGUCGCGCAAGCUUGAGAACGACGGUUUUUGCCAUCGCCUUUGUUGCCUUUCAAUGUUAUAUUUUAGGAGCAUCAGAGCAAGUCGGCCGGCCGCUCAUUUACUCGGCAAACGUUGUCUCAUGACUGCUUCCGGUCGCGGCCGGGCAACGACUACACCCAAUCACAGCUCACACGCCGCCCGACGGGUGAUGGGUUUGUCGAGCCAUCUGAGAUCCACUGACUUGCCAAAUUCAGGGGGAGUAGCAACGAUGGCAACUUCUUCAAGCUCCUCAGGACAGGUCGAGGUCCGACACCAGAAGAUGCAGUCUGUGCGACUGUUCCUGCUGAAUCGUCCUAAGAGCUUGAAUGUCCUCAACCGAAGCAUGGUGAACAACAUCGUGCCUCAACUUCAGGUGUGGGAAGAAUCAAACCUGUGCAAAGUCAUUGUGUUGACGAGCGUGGAAGGACGGGCGUUUUGUGCAGGUGGCGAUGUCAAGGCUCUAAUUACGGGUGCUUUGUCGGGGAAACCUGAGGAUCUGGCAGAGGCGCUCAAGUUUUUUGAGGAGGAGUAUCAAUUGAACCAUCUGAUUGGAACAUUGAAGAAGCCGUUCAUUAGUAUCAUGAAUGGGAUUACAAUGGGCGGAGGUGUUGGGUUAUCGGUUCACGCACCUUUCCGAAUUGCUACCGAGAACACUUUGUUUGCGAUGCCAGAAACUGGCAUUGGGUUGUUCCCAGAUGUCGGUGGUAGUUUCUUUUUGCCGAGGUUGGAUGGAGAGCUGGGCACAUUUUUGGGAUUGACGGGGUGGAGGUUGAAGGGGGAGGAAGUAUUUCAGGCUGGCAUUGCAACGCAUUUUAUUCCCUCUGCACGAUUGCCAUCUCUCAUGUCUCGUCUUGCCGAAUUGGAGACAGAUGAGCUGGAUGUAAUCAAUGGUAUCCUGGAGGAAUUUGUUGGCGACAUCGAACCUUCAAAAUGGAAUACAUGGAGCCUAGGCGGACAGAUUGGAAAUGCCAUUGACCGAUGUUUCAAAUUCAACACCAUCGAGGAAAUCAUUUCUGCCUUAGAAAACGAGAAUACACCGUGGGCUGGUGAAGUUUUGGAAGAGUUGAAGAAGAUGUCACCGACCAGUCUUAAGGUAACUCUUCAACAACUACGGAACGGGAGAAAGCUAGAUCUUGCGUCCUGCUUCCGAAUGGAGUAUAACAUGGCCCGAGAAUUCCUGGAUACACCCGACUUCUAUGAAGGUGUCCGCGCCAAAUUGAUUGACAAACCCCCCAGAACUCCUAAAUGGCAGCCGCCAUGGGAAGAGAUGUCCCAGCUCUCUCCGAGCAUUGUUCAACGUUACUUCACUCCGGCAGCCCCUAGUCCAAGAUCUGUGCCAAAAAACAGUAGGAUACCUUCGGAGAAGUUGCGCUUCUUGACCUCCUUAACUUAUCAUGACUACCCCCAUCGAACGCUGUCCGGACUCCCAAGCGUUCAUGAUAUUUAUCGCGUUGUAAUAGGAGAGGGCCGAAGAGGUCAGUCCCUCGCCGCCCCACAGACGAAAGAAGAGGUCGUCGAAUGGCUCGAACAAAACUGGGGGGCAUAUGAUUCCGGAGUCAUCGGCUCGGAGCGACAGAUGCUUCCCCAGAUUGUGACCAUUGAAGGAGGGUUCGGACGGGGAAAAGCGGGUUUGAGAGAAAAAGUUCUGUCAGUUUUGGACCGGUAUGUUGAGGAGGUUAGCAAACCAGGUGUGCAGAAACGAUUGGAAUGGAAGGGACCUAAAUAGGACGGUUCUGAGAGGUUGACGUAAGGGGCGAUAGACGGGCUUUCCUAUCUAGUGAUGGGGAAGCGAGGGUGCGUUUUCAUUAUAUACACUUUCUUUUCAGACAUGAAUAAAAAACGUCAUCGUUUGCACUUUCACAG